AUGAGUGCUGUGGGCAAGGGUUCAUUUCAAACUGAAAAUAUUGGGCAUUAUAAAGGGAAUCAUAAUUAUAAUUCCAAUAAUAAUCAUCACGGUAAUUCUAAUGCUCAUCCUGUAAUUAUCAAGAUUGGAUCACUCCGAAGAUAAAAUACGACACAGUCAAGUAAAAACACCCAUGCUCUAAAAACACAGUAAAGCAAAAAGAACCGAAAGAAGAUAAAAGCUGAAGAUGCAAUUAAAGUAGAUCAUUUGGAAGUUAAUGAUGCUAAUAAGUAACAGCAAAAUAUGAGAGGAAACGAGCAAGGCUUAAUCUAGGAGCUGCACAAAGAAACAUAUCAGACCCUUGUAAAGAUUAAUGCAGAACAGUUUGCAAGUACUAUAACUACAGCCAUUGAGCACUUUUCAGCUAAUUAUGGAGAAACUCUGAAUAUGAAAACAGCUGUAGAAUACGCCCCUAAGUUUGACUAUAAUCUGCUUGAGAAGGAAAACAAGGAGUUGCAUAAACAGUAUGAUCCAAUCAAGAAGGAAUUGAAGAAAGAGAAAAAGAACAACAGGAAUGUCUAAAUGAAAUAUGACAAGCUGAUGGCAAAUGUUAACUAUACUAAAUAAUUGAAAAAAAGGUAUGAAGUGAAACUUGAGGGACAAAGAGAUCAACUCAAGGAACUGUAGUUUUACUAUAAUGAUUUGAAAGAAGCCACUGAAAGAGAGAGAAUAUCCAGAGAGAAUCAUGUUCUAAUCUUCAAAAGAAUUAUCAAUAAGAUUGAAAAUGAGAGAUCCCGCUAUUCCCAACAAAGUGUGAGGCAGCUACAACAGCAAAUGGAGGAAUUCCUUUAGAUUGCUGAUGGCAAAAUGAUACCUAAAAACAUGAAUGAAUACAUAUUUAAGGGACCUGAGUAACCCAAAAAGACUAAGACAAACAAUUAGAAUACAGUGGAUACAUCUAUUCAAGCAAGGGACAAUCCUCCAACCACAACAAAUAGAACAACAAAAAAGGAAGAUGAUCCUUAAAAGAGCGAUAGAACCAUUGAUAUUGCUUUUGACUAUAUCAAAAGACUUGAAGCUGAAUUGAAAACUAAAAAUAAUGAGCACUAGUUCUUGAAGUCAAGGCUUGAAAAAGCACUUGAAAAGAAAGCUCAUCCAAGUGUUGGAUCUUGGCAGAACAGUGAUGUGGACAUCUUAGCUUAAAGAGAAGAUGACUUUGAAAAAGGAAAUUACCCCAAUUCUAAUGAUAGGCAUAGAUAUUACAAUCCAAGUUUGGUUCAAUCUCCAUAGCCAACAGAGAAAAAUCCUCAUCUUUUCAAUCUCAAAUUGCCAAUCUAAUUCUUGAGCAAUGGUGAUCAGCAAGUUAACAACUAUAUGAAUACUGUUGGAGGUAAACCUAAUAAAGACAUUUUAUUAAACCUAAAAGCUAGCUAAAGCAGCGCUUAGUUGAGACCAAAGACUGCUAUCAAUAGAAAGGAGUUGACUACUCAGAAAUCAGCACAAGCUAACCUAUUCAGCACUCAAACAAAUCAAAAUAAACUUUAAACAAUGGUGAGUUCCCCUGAUGAUUUCAGAAAAACUAAUUAUCAAUCUACAAAUGCAGCUAGUACUAUGAGCUCAAAAUUUAAUUUUAAGUCUCCUCAAUAACAGUAAUUCAAUAGUAACUUUAACACUUUACAAAAAAGUUAGUCUUAGGCUUAAUUUGCUGAGACAUAGUAAUCUAAAUCAGUAGCCUAGUUAAGACCAUAAACAGCGCAUAGAAAUAUAAACAUUACUAUUCCUUUAAAAGCUAAUGGUAAUGGUAUUAUAAAUCUUAAAAAGGCAGUCAAGUGA